UUGCCUUCAACUCUCCUUGACGAACGUUGUUGACUAGACGCAGCCGGUUAUAUCAUGUUUCCUUGACUGUACUUCACUACUACCACACCUUUCCCUUCACUCGUUUGGUUCCUUCUUCUCUAGAUUCCGUAUCUCGACAAACGAACACGUCUCCAGUUGCGUUCUCUCCUUAUCGAUCAGUCGUCUUUAAUUAUACUUCGUCGCAUUAUCCGGUUACGCGCUUCUCUUUAUUUAACGAUCCUUCCAUACUUUACUUUAAUCCCACUACGAACCCGCGCAUCAUGGCCGGCCCUUCGAUUCAGGACCGCACAGGCGAAUUCCACGCCAUCCUCGGACAAGCACAGAAACGCCUCGCUUCUAACAAGGUGGGAUCUCAACGACAAGCACUGCUGUCGGACGCACAACGGAAACAGGCCAAUGGGUUUGGCGACGGCAAUAGACAUAGGAGGUCGGAGUUUGCUAGAAAGGCCGCGGAGAUUGGGCGGGGUAUUACUGGAACUAUGGCUAAGUUGCAGAGACUAGCUGAAUUGGCCAAACGGAAGACGCUCUUUGAUGACAGGCCUGUCGAGAUAUCCGAAUUGACCUACGUUAUCAAGCAAGACCUCGCAGCGCUGAACCAACAAAUUGCUGGAUUGCAGGCACUUACUUUGUCGCAACACCCCAAGUCAGGUAGAUCAAGGACAGACCAGGAGGGAGAGCACAAUGACAAUGUUGUUGUUAUGCUCCAAGGAAAACUCGCAGAUGUCGGAGCCAACUUUAAAGAAGUGCUCGAAGUUCGGACAAAGAAUAUCCAGGCAUCGCGAUCGAGAACAGAAAACUUUGUCUCCUCCGUAUCCUCGAAAUCACAGUCCGCUUUAGAUACACAACGAUCCGACUCACCGCUAUACAAUCCAUCCGGAAGACGCACACCUACACCAGGAUUUCAGGGCAGCCAGUCGGAUCUUUUGACCUUAGAGCCGUCCAAUCCCUCGCCUCUCGGACGCCCAUCGAUGCAAUCCGACCAACAAUUGCUUGUCAUGGAAGAAGCGCAAUCGAGUAACACAUAUAUCCAAGCACGCGGCGAAGCAAUUGACGCCAUUGAACGGACCAUCAAUGAACUAGGCGGAAUCUUCGGCCAACUAGCCCAGAUGGUCAGUGAGCAGUCUGAAAUGAUUCAACGGAUCGAUGCAAAUACCGAAGAUGUCGUGGAUAAUGUACAAGGAGCGCAACGCGAAUUAAUGAAAUACUGGACUCGGGUGUCUAGUAACCGGUGGCUGAUUGCUAAGAUGUUUGGUGUAUUGAUGAUUUUCUUCCUUCUCUGGGUGUUGAUAUCUGGAUAACAACGCCCAUUUAUACAUAAUAAUGUGUUACUACAUUUUUGCUAUCUUGUUUCUUGCACCGUUUUCUUUUCUUUUUUUUCUUUUCUUUUUUUUUUU